CUCUCUCUCUCUACCCCCCUCCUCUCUCUCUCUCUUACUGUGCCAGCCUUGAUAUUUAUGGGCUGAAUCGUGGCUUUUGGACAUUUCAUGGGAGGUGUUGAAGAUGAUGAUCCACCCUUGAAACGAUUAAAGAUUUCCCCAAGAGACAUAAGAAGCAUAUCAAAGGAUUUGCCUCUGGCAGGGCCACUAGGCUCUGUUGGAGUCUUAAUGGCCAGCUCUCCCACUGUUCAUGGUGAUGAGGAGACAGUUGGCUCCAAAGGAGUAAUUAGAAGGGUGGAGCUUGUUCGAAUAAUCACAAAAGCUCUCUAUUCCUUGGGUUAUGAGAAGAGUGGUGCUCUCCUGGAGGAAGAGUCUGGAAUACCGUUGCAUUCUUCUCAAGUAAAGUUGUUUCGACAGCAAGUACUUGAAGGUAAAUGGGAUGAAAGUGUGAAUACACUUAGGAAAAUCGGUCAACUAGAUGAAAACACUCUCAAAUCCUCAAUUUUCUUAAUUUUGGAGCAAAAGCUCUUUGAGUUUCUAGCUAAGGGAAGCAUUUCCGAGGCAUUGAGGACACUGAGAUCGGAGAUUACCCCUCUCAAUAUAAACAGAAGGAGACUUCAUGAGCUCGCUGCCUUUAUAGUGUCACCUCCAAAACUUGAACUGGUGAGAUCCAUCAACCAUUUAGGUUCAAAUAUGAACCCAAGAUUCUAUCUUCUUGAAGAAUUGCAGAAAUUGUUGCCACCCACUAUCAUGAUUCCAGAAAGAAGAUUGGAGCACCUAUUGGAACAAGCUCUUAAUGUGCAAAGGAAAUCUUGUGUAUUCCACAAUGAUCACUCUCUCUCUCUAUACACAGAUCACAGAUGCGGAAGAGAUCAAAUACCGACAAAAACUGUACAGGUGUUGCAUGGGCACCAUAGUGAGGUUUGGUUCCUUCAGUUCUCUAACAAUGGGAAAUAUUUAGCCUCAUCAUCUAAUGAUUGCACAGCAAUAAUAUGGGAGGUCAAUGAGGAUGGUGUAUUGUCCUUGAAGCAUACUCUAGCGGGGCAUCAGAAAUCUAUUCCAGUCAUGGCAUGGCGCCCUGAUGACCGGCAGCUACUGACGUGCGGUGUGGAAGAGGUCAUUAGGCGCUGGGAUGUUGAGACAGGGAAAUGCCUACAUGUGUAUGAAAAGGGUGCUCUAACCCUAAAUACAUGCGCCUGGUUUCCUGAUGGCAAGCAUUUGAUUGGUGGGGUGAGCGAUAAAAGCAUAUGCAUGUGGGAUCUUGAUGGGAAAGAGAUUGAUUGUUGGAAAGGGCAGAGGGUACUUAAAGUUUCUGAUAUGGCAGUUACCUCAGAUGGGAAGACUAUAAUUAGCAUUUGUAGGUAUUCGGCUGUGAUGCUUUAUGACAGAGAAGGGAAGAGGGAAAGAUUGAUCGAAGAGGAUCAGUCCAUUACUUCAUUUUCUCUCUCUAAGGAUGGCAAGUUCCUUUUGAUGAAUCUUGUAAAUGAGGAGAUUCACCUUUGGAGCAUUAAUGGCGAGCCUAAGCUGGUGGGUCGAUAUAGGGGCCACAAGCGAUCUCGGUUGGUGAUAAGAUCUUGUUUUGGUGGGUUGGAGCAAGCAUUUAUUGCAAGCGGGAGUGAGGAUUCACAGGUUUAUCUAUGGCAUAGAGGAACGAGGGAGUUAUUUGAGGUAUUACCAGGUCAUUCAGGGGCUGUAAACUGUGUGAGUUGGAAUCCUGUAAACGCUCACAUGUUUGCUUCAGCCAGCGAUGACAGCACUAUACGCAUAUGGGGAGUGGAAGGGGUGGGCUCAAAGCGCAAAGGUGCAUGCUCUAGCAAUGGGACCAUCCAUCAUUGCAAUGGAGGAUAAUGAUGACAUCAUUACUGGCAAUAUACAAUGAAGAAAAAUACAGAAAAGUGGGUAUCUUUCUUUCAGUCUAUUUCAUUUCUGCAUUUGUACAUCCCCUUUGCUUUUCGUAGCAAAAAAACAUGUAACUAUACAUUUGCUCUUUUCCAAUAAAUUCUCUGAUUGGUAGUGAUGACGAUUAUCUGUUAACUU